AUGGCUUCCUCUUCCAUCGACAUCGGCGACUACAAACCUUGCGUCAUGACGCCCGACGAAUUCCGCGCCGCUCUGGCCAUCGUCAUCCCCGCCCACCUCCACAAGCAAGUCUGCGACCGCCACAAGGACGGCGACGCCGAGCACAAGAAGAUCUUCGAGGAAUCUCUCGUCAACGUCAGCGACAUGUUCAAGCCCGCCCACACCGAGAACGCGGAGAUGAAGAAGAAGCUCGACGACAACCCGAAGGCGAAGCGGCAUUUCCAGCACGUGAGGCCGUACAUCGUCACGCAGGCGCACGCUAUCCAGGGUCUCCGAAUGGCCUCUACCCCCGCCGACAACACCGACAAGAUGGACCUCAACGAGAUCUUCGCUGCUGUUGGGGCUAGCUCGGGCGAGCAGCGCGACAGGCUGGCCACCUCCGCGCUCCAACGCAUGGACUCCCUGUCGCAGGGCCUCUUCGGCGUUUCGUUCCAGACCAUCAAUGAGGCGACGCACAACCUGGAAACUGAGAACUGGGCAAUCAAGCGCCUGCUUCAGACGUACGCGAAAGAGAAGUAG